UUUCGAAUUGAUACCAGAUUUCGACAUUUCAUUGAUUUCUAAAACAUUUGGCAUACAAAAAAAAAUAAAAGCUGCAUUCCCAAACUCAAGUCCCAUAUCAAUUCAAGAAUAUUGCUUGUACCACAAAGACAUUUUUUUCAACAUUACACCAGAUCUCGACGCUUCAUGACAUUGUUUUACGAUUGCGUUAAAAUUUUGCAUGGAGACUUUUUUCGAGGUACCAAUACUUUUGAGAGGUGCCCGAUUUGAAAUUUCAGGAAGACCAUCAAUAUUGACACUCUACCGUAUAUCAAAUAUACUCCUGAAUUGACCCAAAUGAUCCUAAAAUGGAUAUCGAACAAGAUUCGUCGCCAAAGACUCCGAGCUUUCAUUUAAAAUCAAACAUAUUGAACUAGGUUCGACCGUAUUCGAUCUUCUUUCGGAUCAAAGAUAGUCCGCGAAAUAUUCAGCUCAGGAUUGUGACAUUUUGUCUGAAGCAAACAAAUGACGUUACUAGCGACAAGACUUUCAUGCAGAAUGCGUUUACAUGCCCGCUCACAAAGUUUAGAUCGAUGGUGUAGUUAUCGAUUCGAACUUGGCAUGCGUGGAUCUACUGAAGGACGGGAUUGUCUUUUUCAAUGACCCCUUGCUCCAGUGAGCGAAGAUUUUGAGUGACAAUCGCAGCAGACCUUCAAACUAGUGCCUGGUGACCCUUGGUGAGAUUGCUUUGCGUCUUCAGCGACUAGAAUCGUCUGGAUGAUCGGUUGUUUGUACCGCGCGUCAUACAUGCUGUAUUGAACUAAUUACAAGCAAAUAGGUCUUUCUAAUGUUUUUUUCUCUAUUGAAAGGCCGCUAAAUAUACCAGAAAAAAGACACAAAUCCGAAGCAAACUGCACCUAAAGGGCGAACACGAAAUUAUUGCGACACCGAAAAUGUCAUGCCAAUUUUCUUAUAAUGUUUAAAAUCAAACCAAAAUUUUAGGGUAGUUUUAUACAUAUAUUUACUUCAAAAAUCAAAAGAAAAGUUAAUCGAUGGAGCCUUGAGUGUAAAAUUGAACGCAUUUUCGCUUGAUGCCCUCCAUCAAAGUCUUUACAGUGUCAUCCGGUACCAGUUUCUCAGUUUUUUUUUUUUUCCAAAAUAGCGGAUCAUCGUCGUGCUGCUGCAAGAACGGCAAAAGGCGCUUAUCGAGGCACUCAGAUUUGUAGAUCUCGCCAUUUACUGUGCCCUUUGUCACGAAAGCCUCACUCCUCAGUCCGCAAGAGCAGAUGGCCUGCCAAAUGAGAUAUUUGGAGGCGAACUUCGACAUUUUCUUCUUCUUAAAUUUGUCGUCCACAUAGAACUUGCUCUUGCCGGUGAAAAACUCCAACCCCGGAAUUUGCUUAAAAUCGGCUUUUAUAUACGUUUCGUCGUCCAUCACACAGCAGCCAUAUUUUGUCAGCAUCUUCUCGUAGAGCUUCCGUGCCCGAGUUCUAGCCGUCGAUUGUUGCCGCUCAUCGCGGUUUGGGAAGUUCUGUACCUUGUAUGUAUGUAGUCCAGCUCUCUUCUUUGCAUUCUGGACGUAGCUCUGCGAAAUGCCGAUCUUUUUAGCCAAACCACGGCUUGAGACGUUGGGAUUUGCUUUAAUCAUCCGCUUCACCUUUCCCUCCGUCUUUUUGUUCUCCGGUCCCGGUUUUGUUCCAGCUCCUUUGCCGUGGUCCAACGUCAACCGCUCCUGGAACCGCUUUAACACUCUGGAGACGGUUGAAUGGUGAAUGUUCAACAUUUUUCCCAACUGCCGGUGCGACAGGUCAGAAAAUUCCAGGUGUUUGGAAAGAAUUUGUUCUCUCGACUCGCGUUGGUUCACCUCCAUUUUCGUUGAAUCGAAAAACACAACUUCGAAUUUGACAGCAUGUAAACAAUACACAACAAGUGUAUUUUUAAAUUUUUUAACAAUUUUUACGUUUGUGAAUUACGCAAAGUAUCUAUCUCGCUCUGCCCAUCUUUGUCGCAAAUCCCAUCAUUUUUAGAGCGGAUGAGGAUCAUCAUUCUUGCAGGACUCAAGGUGAAGGCCCCAACUUACCUUUACCAUUCGUUUGAAAAUUCCCACGACAAGUGCCUUUCGACCCAUUCGCAAUCCAAAUUUCGAAAAAGCGAGGGAAAGUCAUCGAAACGGUGAGAACUGUUGAAUUCCAUCGUCCACCGACUAGCAGGCACCUUUCCGCAACCGACCAACCUAUCCAUCUUCUGUCAACAAGUGGCGCACAUAUGUUCGGCAUUGGUUCCACUUGACGUCACCCCGGCUGUUGGACUAGGACUGUUGCAGGUUUCGUUCCGUUCGAAAAAAAACAGAAGUGUGUAAAUGCAAAUUUGAAACUAAUAAAUUAGGGCAAAAGCACCUGAACUCACCCGGUGACGAUGACCACGCACAAUGUGCAAAGUCUUGUCCAGCGGUCUGUUUUUUUUUGUGCCUUAGCUUGGUAAUCAACGAAAUGGAACCACGAAAGGGAAGUCCAACAUGUGCUUUCCUGCUGCAUCAAAAAAAAAAUCGAAGGGGGCUCAUUCGCACUGUUGUGGGAAUCGAUAAAACAGGUGUAAAACGAUUCUAACGACCGCGUAAAACGUCAUGUUUCUCAUUCAAAUAGGUAGUUGCAGUUAGAUGGAAUUAUCAUAGCUACAGGCAUGCAAAUUUUGUCAUUUUCGAAUGAUCUAAUAAGUAAAUAUUUUACUAACCUUGGCCAAUCUGGUUAUUUCAUGACCAGCAGCAGCAGCAGCAUGUACUCUUCAAAUAUUAUACUAGUGAUUAGUGAGCUAAUGGCGUAAAAUUGCAACAGCUUCUAGGCGGAGAUCUUGAGAUUAAACGGAUAAUACAAAAUCUUCGUUUGUGCAUUGUCAAUACUCGAUUGAAGCGCUAGCUGGACGUUGAUGCUUGGCAGAUAAAUAUUCAUUGAUGCCGAAAGGUCGCCAAGAAGAGUGUUUAUUGGGUAUAAAUUCGUGGCACUUUCAAUCGGCCGGAACAUUUGUAUUCGAACGAGCAUUAACAAUAGUUGAAAAGCAAAAUGUUGAAGCUUACCUUACUUUGUGCCGUAAUUCUCGGUGUAGUUUUUGCUGCUCCUCAACAACAGGGAAAUCAGUUGGAAGACCCCAGCGGAAUAACCCUGCUGCGGUAUAAUUCUGUCAACAAUAACGAAGCAGGCUAUCAGUUCACGUAUGAGCAAAAUAACAAGCAAAUCUUCUCCGAGGUCGGUACACCGAAAGAUUCCAAUGGUGGAACGCGGAUUUUGGCGGUGGAAGGAGCUUACAGCUUUGUUGGCCCGGACGGGCAAACGCACUGGGUGAACUAUCGAGCGGACGAAAAUGGGUACCUGCCGAAAACAGGAACCGGUACCGCCGGUGGAAUUCAGCCAGGACAGGAUGCACCCGUUAGGACCUAAUCUUCGUUAGAUGUGAACGAGUUUAGGAAUGGAUUGUUGCUGGUUUUUGUCACGAAAUUAUAAUGUUCAUCAUGUUGGUAUCAAAAUGAAUUUUGUUCCAUAUAGUUUUUUCUUUUUCUAUAAUCAUUUUUAAAGCUAUCGGAAAAUUUUCCCACACUUCAGUUCAUGCAUUUUGUGACUGUCAAUAAAGCAAUUCAAUAUC